UGUCAUCAAAAUUGCAGACCAGAAGGACAUUAUCACUGCCCUUUUUGCUCAAAAACAAUUUUGAGGAGGGAUAAUAUGGAAAGCCAUUUACAGGCUUGUCUAGAUGGAUCAUGUGUGACACACACACCUGCACCUGCAGAAGUACCUUCUUGCACAUCUGCUGCAUCUUCAUCACAUUCCUCAAUUCCACAUUCUACCUUGCCCAUUGCACCUUCUGUAAAAGUCGGUUCUUCUGAGCUUUUAUCAUCUGCUCCUAAAAUUUCUUCUACAUCCUCAGGUCUUCCACCACAUCCAUCACUAGCUUCUCACAAAGAGGCUCAAACAACAUCACCUUCAAGAGUAACGUGUCCUCACUGCACUGCAGUUGUACGUAAGAAGAAUUUACAAGUUCACAUUUUCAGAAAACACUCUGAAGCAAAACCUGAUAUAACUAGUGCCUCACAUUUGGAGAGUGUUUCUGUGGAUGCCACCAAUGGUGUGUGCGCUGUUCAAAGAAGCAGACAUGGGUUUUCUGUACCUGUCCAUGUUCAGAAAAAGACUUGGGGGAAAAAACAAUUUACCGGCUGUGAAUUAGAAGAGUGUUACCAAUACCAUCUUCUAGCACAACGGAGUGGAUGUGCUUUCAGCCACUGUGAACAUAUUCGUUCACUUGACUAUUGUUCUUUCACGGCAACAGAAGAGGUUCUUGAAGAGAGGGUUCUUGAUGAAAAGGUACAUCAUAAGAUAUUUGGUCUACCAAAGAAGAAUCUGUGCUUAGAAAAACAGAAAGCAGCCAUGUCAACUCAUGUACCGCUGUGUGUAGAAGUACCACUCAGUGGCUCCUCCCAAACCAAGUGUCUGUCCAUUUAUGAGCCAGUGAAAAAGCACUUCAGUCGUCUUGGUAGAAUAAUGGUGACCUACAAUCCAAAGACCAAAUCAUGGCACUGUCCUUGUUCUAAGCCAAGGAUGUCUUGUGUGCACAAAAGUAUAGGAAAAUGGCACUUAUUUCAAACUCAGAAACACUUAUUUGAGACCGAUUCACCUGCUGCAGCAACAGAUCAGCCCACUACCCAGCCUGUCUACCCACCAACAGACCAUUUGGAACGUGUAGUGCGGUAUAUUUUUGCACAGAAAAAAAUUCCAUCCAAACUUCCAGAAGAAGUGACAGCUCCCAGAGCACAAUAUAAUUACCAAACAAAGCUGCUUCCAACAGAGACCACAUGCACUUUCUGUCCAGGACAUCCUGCCUUGGAAAAUCCGGUUAUGAUAACAAACAAAGCCCGGGUUGUGGGUAUAGGUGGCAUUAUUGAUGAUGUGUCAACUUACUUCAGACAAUGCGCACUGUGUCAGAUGGUGUAUCGUUAUCAAGAGUGGGAAGCAGGACUCCACAACUUUGAUGACCAUGUUGUGCUUACCUUGGAACUGUGCAUUUUUCUGAGGCAGAACCUACAAAACCAUACUGCAGUGUCCAGAGCUAUACAUUCACUGGAGGGACUUCGGGGUGUUAAAUUUCCAUCCAGAGACGCCAUUCUCCAUGCAUAUUGCCAUUUUAAAGCUCUCACAAGCCAUGAUUACACAUAUGCAUGUGUUAAUUGUGGCUACUACCCAGCAGUUGUGGUCAUGGAUCUACACAAAAAGGGAGUCUUCAGCAUGGCAGUGAGUGACAUUAAGGAACCUCCUAAAAACUUCAAAGGAGAAGUCAACAUUGAAGAGUUUUGGAAUUCUGUCAGUGUUGAAAUGAUUGCUCGUGGCUUUGUGCCUAGUCGUGCCAAAAAUCCCUUGGCUGUUUAUCCGUCUUACGAGUUUUGGGCACCGUGGAUUGGCAGACACACCAGGAAAGGAGAUAAUGUGCGUAAUACUGAGUGUGAAAAAGUAUUGCCUGCUCAACCAAGUCCAGAGGCAGAGCUGAUUAUGGUGACGGAGGAACGUCUUGUGGAUGAACUCAAAAAACAAAAGGUAGGCACAGUGCGCAAACUGUGCAAGGCUUGUCACAUAGACCCUAGAGGGUCACGUGAUGACCUCAUUAUUAGACUGCAACAGGAGAUGAAAAACCGGCAUACAUACGACAAGGUUUUUCAGAAAAUCUGCGGUGCUUCUGGUGGAUGGUGUGUCAUUGCAUGCCCUCAUGGUGUGGUGUACAGCUUGAAAUUCAAUCUGCGGGCAGAAAGUCCUAGGGAUUUCACAGACCUCCUUUUGUCAUGGAAACACAUACCAAAUGUGUCUGUCUAUGAUUUUGCUCCUGGAUUGGCCACACAUGCAAACCUCAGAUUUCCAACCAUCAUACCAUUCCACCCACAUGAAGGACGGUUGGCUGAGCCUACAUCUGAAAAUAUCUCUGCCGCGCAGAAAGGUAAACUCCAAGUGUCUCUACCUUGGCUGGUCGAAAAGUCCCAAAAUUCAGAUUCCAGUGGCCAUCCCAUCACCGGGGCUAGCAGUCACUAUGUACUGUAUGAUAAGCUGCAUGAGUCCAACACAAAGGAUCAAAAGGACAUCUUAAGGAGAAUCAAUCUCGUCCCAGAACUGCAAAGUUCACUAAACAGCCAGGUAGCAGAGCAAUUGUUUGGAAGUAUAAGAAAAAACAAUUACUUCCUGAACAACAUGUACCCCUCCACACAUGUGUUUCUGAUGAGAAACAUCAUGCAGCAUCGCAAUGUAGCUGUGAACCAUCACCUUUUGGAGACACAGCUGAAGAGAGGACUAAUGGACCAGCUUAUUAACAACACCACUCUGAAUGAGCUUGGGCAAGCAGUUUUAGUUCAAACUACACAAGCACAGCAGUCAGGUGUGAUGUCAGUGGAGCAAGUGGAGUCAGUGGAGCAAGUGGAAAAAGUGGAGUCAGUGGAGUCAGUGGAGCAAGAAUCCCCAGAACCCAUGCAGCCCUUCACACUUGAGUCGUCAUGUGAUGCCGAAUAUGAAACCUGUGGGAUGCAGUGUGAGGCCCACACAAAGUUGCAGAAUGUGAAAGCAUGCCGGGAUUUUUGGUCUUUGAAAUUACACCCUGAUCAAGAGAAACUGCUUUCCUACGUCCUAGAUGGAAAAAGGCCAAGAAAAGAGCUCAUUGUCAAAACAGGAUCAAUCUGUCUUGUUAGGGAGGAUUUUUUUACUUUGGGCAUGGCACAAGAAAUGGAUGCCAACACACUACAAAGGAACCUACAGUUAGGAACAAUGAGGUCCAACAGGAUGUUCCUACAUGAGAACCCCACAUUUGACACAAAGAUGAAACAGCUGCGAGAUGGACACAUUUCUGUGUUUGAUGAACAACAGGUCAUUUUAAAGGGAAAGCUGCAUAUGGAUUGUGGUGUGAGGAGGCGGGGGAGUUGUGGGUCCGCCCCACGCCGGAGCGCCAAGCCAUGUCUGUCUCAGCUGGUCCGCAUGAGGACUGGUUGA